AAAUUUACAGUUUUUGUUUACAAUAUAUUUGUAGUUGCAGGUUCACAAACGGAGAGCAGAUUUAAGAAGCUGACCAUCCAUCGCACUUUCCAAUAACAUCAUCUUGGAGGACUCUCAACUGGAUUGCUAUCUAGCAGGUGUAUUAACAAAAUCAUCGCACGGACGGAGGUUCAUCAGAAGGUUGGAGAGCUUCGGUGCCUUUUAAGGGUUCAAGGGAUGAGCCUCACAGGGAAGGGCGAGGAUUUCCUUUUGCAAUCCAUCCGCAGCCCACUUUCGUACUAGUUAAUCUAUACAUCAGGUUUGCUGUUUACUACUUCAAUAACCUGAUGUCCAUUGGCAAAUAAUUUUAUACUUGUUGUAUUUAAAAAAAAUGUUUUAAUGUUAUAAUAAAAUUAAAAAAUAAAUAAAUUUGUAGAUUUUUGAAUUUGCGCGCCUUUAUUUGUAGAUUUGUAGGUUAGGAACGCUCGCCGAAUGCGCAUCCGCGCUGUCAAAAUGACCGCAAUAUGCCUGCAAUAUGACGGCGUGCACGCCGGCAUUUUGCGCGGCGUACAGCGCCGCGAUCCGCGCGCUCGGCAAUUUGACCGCAACUUGACGUCAAAAAGCCGGGGUAGUUUGCCCGCUCGUGCGCGGCGUGCGCGACGUCAUGUUGCCUUCAAAUUGCUUGCAUUUUGCCUUGCGAUGUUUUCUGGGCCUCUAUUUGAAGUGUUUGUCUAUACUUACACAUUUUAUAUAGAGAAAAUACAGAUUUCAGAUACAGAAUAUCAAAUUUAUAAUAAACUAGAUAUCAUUAAAAACAAAUUGUUGUAGCAAAUAAAUAAAUUCUUCAAAAUGGCGAUGGCAAUGUUACAACGGCGGGCAAACGUCCGUUUGCCCCCUGAGGUCAACCGAGUUCUUUACAUUAGGAAUUUGCCCUAUAAAAUUACAGCUGAAGAGAUGUACGACAUUUUUGGCAAAUAUGGAGCCAUCAGGCAAAUACGAGUAGGGAACACGGCAGAGACCAGAGGAACAGCCUUUGUAGUUUAUGAAGAUAUCUUUGAUGCUAAGAAUGCAUGUGACCAUCUUAGUGGUUUCAAUGUUUGUAAUCGAUACUUGGUUGUGCUAUAUUACCAGAGCAACAAAGCAUUCAAACGUGUGGAUGUUGACAAAAAGUUGGAAGAAAUUGACAAAUUAAAAACAAAAUUCAAUCUCAACGAAGAUAAAAAAUAGUGAUAUAGUGUGAUUAGGACAAUCGAUAAUGGAUAAGAGAAUUUUAUCAAAAUCUACAUUCAUGACAUUGCGUACACUUCGAUACGGGUGUAGAAGGUGAUUAUUUAGCUUUUUGAUGUUUUCCAGAAAAGUCACGAGGUAAAAAUGACCUUCGACACCAUUAUUGAACUAUAUUUUAAUAUCAUAAGAACCUAAAACUCAGUUCAAAUAUGUGACUUUUAAAUUAGAGUGGUAUAAAUAUAAUAGAAGCAAGUGUUUUUAUCAAAUGAUAACAGUUUAUCUUUUGCUUAGUUUAUCCCAUACAUAUUUUCAAACAAAACAACCCCAAUCAAUUUAUUCUCUAGCUGAGCGUUUCAGUACAAAGACAUGAUUUGUAACUUUUUAAAUAACUAUGGCUCAAGUAAACAGGUUCAAAGUCAUCCUAGAAUAAUAAGUUAACAUUAUAAAUUUAAUAAAAAAAAGACAUUUUUACUGAUAA